UAUGCUAGUUUAAAGAAGGUCGUAUUAUAUUAGUGAAGAAAACCUUUGUGACUCGCUAUCGGUUUUGACCAUGGCUGCGGCAUCGACCAGCUUUCAUAUUCGCCGGAGAUUCCACUACAACAGCAACCUCCUUCGACGACGGGAGAACUCGUUUCCCGAACGGGUUAAAGCUUCCCAAGCGCGGAUCAUAAUCACAGCUUCCAUGAGAGCUCGACGUCCUCAGAACGUCCCCGGAGAUUUCUUCGUCGAUCAUACGUGCAUAGACUGUGAUACCUGUCGAUGGAUGGCUUCGGAGAACUUUACACGAGUUGAUGACAUGUCAGCAGUCUUUAAACAGCCCAGCUGUGAAGAAGAACGACUGAGAGCUCUUCAGGCCUUAAUAUCAUGCCCAACAAAUUCAAUCCAUACAGAGAAGCCUGCCCGUGAUAUUUUAGAAGUUCAGAAGACUUUUCCAAUUCCAAUAGAUGAGCAUACAAUGCCGGGUGUUUACCACUGUGGUUAUCAUUCUGAAAAGUCGUUUGGAGCUGCUUCUUAUUUGAUUGUUCGUGCUGAAGGAAAUAUUCUUGUUGACAGUCCAAGGUACACAGAAAGAUUGGCAAAUAAUCUUAAAAUGUUAGGUGGAGCUCGUUACAUGUUCCUUACACACAGGGAUGAUGUAGCAGAUCAUGAGAGAUGGUCAAAUCACUUAGGCUGUGAGCGGAUUCUUCAUUCACUGGAGGUAGAUCAUUCAACUACUGCCAUAGAGAUUAAGCUGGAGGGAAGUGGACCAUGGAGCCUUGGUGACGACAUCGCACUUGUACAUACACCUGGACAUACAAAAGGGUCAGUAUGCUUGCUCUACAAACCAUUUAAAGUGCUUUUUACUGGAGACCACUUUGCAAUGGGUGAAUUUGGCUGGUCCAUUUUUGAGAGAUACAACAAGCUUUCAGUUCCAAAGCAAUUGAACAGUGUCAAGUUGAUGCUUGAGUUGGAUUUUGAAUGGAUAUUGCCAGGCCAUGGUAGGAGAACAAAAUUUAGCGACGCUGAGGAGAAGAAUUCAAGCAUAAGAGCUUUCCUAGAAACAAAAAUGCAGCUGUCAUGAGUCCUGUCGCCGUUUCCUGUUGAUAGGAUUUUGUAGAUAAACAGUUGGUUCAUGUAUCCAGUUCUUGUAAUAAUGUAAGUUCAGGUAUGGUUGUCUUGGAAUUUGUGGACCACAAAUAAGCUUUUGGCCUAGCAGCUUUGCUUAUGAAUUUUCAUGUAAUGAUGUAAUGUAUGAUAAUCUUCAGAAGAAAAUGACUUGAGAAUUUGCUCAAUAUUCGUUCUUUAUGGUUCGAGUAUUGGCAGGAAGCAUUAGAUGUUCCAAGCAUGACACGCUUUGUUCUUC